UUCAACACUUCAUCUAAGAGAGAAUCUCAAAAUAUUAUCACAUUUAUUUCCUUAAAAAACAUUGUGUUUCAACGGCUAGCUAACUAGCUCUAACAGAUCGAGUUAUGUUGAGUUGUUUUUGUUGGAGCACAGACUCAUCAGAACCAAAACCCCCAUUUACUCUUCCUUCGCCAAUUCCCAAAUGGCCUCAAGGAGAAGGAGAAGGAUCAUAUGGACAAGGAAAAAUAAACCUAGGAGAAAUCCAAGUCAUGGAAAUCACAACCUUUAACCUUAUAUGGAGCAGCGAACAUUUCUCCACCAAGAAAGGAAAAGGCGUCGCAUUUUAUGAACCGGUCGGAAUCCCAGAAGGCUAUUUCUGUCUCGGCCAUUAUUGUCAGCCACUCAAUCAGCCUCUACGAGGCUAUUUGUUGGUCGCCGGAUUUAACCCAGCCGCUGUCGUCGCCGCCGACGGCGAAGGCCUUCCGGCUCUCUCGGAGCCACUUGAUUACACCUUGAUAUGGAGGACAACCGAUCAUGUUGGAAGUUGUUACAUUUGGUUUCCGAGGCCACCGGAGGGAUAUAAAUCUAUUGGUUUCAUCGUUACCAGCCAACCCGAAACGCCGGGUCUCGGAGAAGUCAGAUGCGUCCGGGACGAUCUCACGUCUGCAUGCGAAACCCACGACUUGAUCUUCGAAUCCAAUUCGAAGAAGUCUGUUCGGGUCUGGAAGACUCGGCCCGAAAAACGAGGACUCUGGGCCCGAGGAGUUUCCGUGGGAACAUUCUUUUGCACGGAAACGGAUCGCGGUCCAGAAGAUCGAACCAUUGACAUCGCCUGUCUCAAGAACCUUGAUUCAAACCUAACCGGGAUGCCGAACCUAGAACAAGUGAAUUCCCUCGUAAGUCAUUACGGCCCGAGAAUCUUCUUCCAUCCUAACGAAAUCUACAUGCCUUCGUCCGUCCAGUGGUUUUUCGAAAAUGGAGCUCGUAUUUUCUCGAUAAAGAAUCUCGACGGAGAACGGAUCGAUUCGAACGGGUCAAACCUUCCGCCCGACGGAUCUAACGACGGAGAGUAUUGGAUAGACUUGCCGAAGGAUAAGGAGAAACGAGAUUUUAUCAAGUCGGGGAAUCUCGAGAGUGCCGAGGUUUACGUUCACGUGAAACCGGCAUUAGGAGGUACAUUCACCGAUAUUGUAAUGUGGGUAUUUUGCCCGUUUAACGGACCCGCUACAAUUAAGGCGAGUGUUAUGAACAUAAAAAUGUCGAGAAUCGGGGAGCAUACCGGGGAUUGGGAGCAUUUCACACUUAGAGUUAGCAACUUCACGGGAGAGUUAUGGAGCAUGUACGUUUCUCAACAUAGAGGCGGAGGAUGGUUGGAUGCGAGUGAACUCGAGUUCAUCCACGGAGAAGGAAACCGCCCCGUCGUUUAUUUGUCAAAAUCGGGCCAUGCUUGUUUCCCACAUGCGGGAUGUUAUAUACAAGGGACAACCAAACUUGGGAUAGGUGUAAGGAAUGUUGUAGCUCGGAGCAAGUUCUACAUUGAUUCAAACGCUAGGUACAAGAUAAUUGCGGCCGAGUAUCUUGGAGGAGUGGUGAAGGAGCCACAUUGGCUACAAUACAUGAGAGAAUGGGGUCCAAGGGAGCUUUAUGAUGCAUGGGCCGAGAUCGAUAAGGUGAUGAGUCAUUUCCCGUUAUUUGUUCGUUUCUCGGCUAACUACUUUUUCGAAUUGUUUCCUACUCAAAUAUACGGCGAAGAAGGGCCGUCGGGGCCUAAGGAGAAAGACAAUUGGUUUGGAGAUGAAAGGUGGUAAGCCAUUGAUCAAAGACAUCUUUUACAUAUUGAUGGAGUUAAAGUUAUUUUUCUUUCUAUUUAUGGAUACAAAUAUUUGAUUAUGUGUUUGGUCAUAUAUUUGUGAUUAUAACUGUGGAUUUGGACUGUUACCACCCAUUACCCAUAUAUAAUUAAAGUGCUGAAAAUAAUUAAAUAUAAA